CUUGCUCGCGGGGUAUCCAAUGAGACACCAGCCGCGUAUAAAAGCUACAAGAUGAUGGGCCAAAGUCAGUUCACUCUUUCCUCUCCACUGCGCUCCCACAUCUUGUAAGCGAGUCAACAUGAAGACCUCACUUGUUGUCGUUGUCUUGAUGGCAUGUGCCGUCUCCGCCCAGUUCCCAGCCGGAUGGAACUACAACCCAUUCCUUUACUACCCCUACACCGCACAACAACCGCCUGUCCAGGAAACUGCCGAAGUUGCUGCCGCUCGUGCCACUCAUCUGGCCGCCCACGCUUCCGCAAGAGGGUCUCGUGUAAUCGCCCCCCAGCCUACCCUCGUACCUGUAUGGGGACAACCAGGUGCGAUCCUGGACACUCCCGAAGUUUGGGCGGCUAAGGUUGAACACUACCGCGCCCAUUCUGCGGCCGCCGCUGCCAAUGGAGUCGUAUCGACUCUGCCACCUCUGCAAGUGGUGAACCCGGCAGUCCCUCAACCAGUUCAAGACACUCCCGAAGUCGCUGCCGCCCGUGCUGCCCAUUUGGCUGCUCACGCCGCUGCCCGCGGUAAACGAUCCAUCCAGGACACCCCCGAAGUGAUGGCCGCCACCAUCGAACAUUACCGCGCUUACAACGCUGCAGCUGCGGCUAACGGAAUCAUGGCUUACUUGCCCGCACGUUACGCCAAUAUGCCCUGGGGAAUGCCUCAACAGGUGCAAGAGACUCCCGAAGUAGCUGCAGCCCGUCGUGCUCACAUGGCCGCACACGCUCAUGCCGCUGCACGAGUUGCGAAGGUAAUUCCCGUCCAACCGGCCCCUACACCCGUUUGGAGCCAACCGGCUGUGAUCCAGGACACGCCAGAAGUUCAUGCUGCUAAACUAGAUUUCUUCCGCGCUUUCAACGAGGCUGCCACUCGCUCUGGUUAACUGGUUAUUACUUCACCGUCUUAGUAAAUAGUCAUGCCCACGAAUUUUAGCCUAAAUCUGCCCAUCCAAAAUGAACAAAUGCGUGAUAUUCUGGAGAAAACAAAAGAAUUGUAUAACGAUUGGAAACGCCACUUUGAACUUUCUGGUUGCUGUUGUAAAAUAUACUUCUGUUGAUGCGAA